AUGAAGAUAAAGAGCAAAUUGUGCAGAUCGUCGAUACGUGAUCAUUUUGAAGAGAAAGUGACAGUGGUUUCCAUAGUCGGUAUGGGCGGUUUAGGUAAGACAACACUUGCUCAGUUGGUCUAUGGAGAUAAAAAUGUGGAGAGUCACUUCCAACUGCGCAUAUGGGUAUGCGUCUCUGAUGAUUUUAAUGUGGCAAAGAUUGCUAAAAACAUCAUACUUGCCGCCACUGAGAAAUCUUAUGAUCAUACAAACAUGGAGGUGCUACAGAGGGAUCUACGGCAACUGCUGGGGCAGAAGAGGUAUCUGCUUGUACUUGAUGAUGUUUGGAAUGAAUAUCACCAGAAGUGGAAUGAACUUAAAUGUCUGCUUGUUGAUGGAGGAGAAGGUAGCAUAAUUUUAGUUACCACACGCAAAGAGAACUGCUCAAGGAUAAUGGGUGCAAAAGAAUCUUAUCUUCUACAGGGUUUAUCAGAAGAAAGGUCCUGGGCUUUGUUCGAAGGAACUGGCAUCCUUCGAGUGCUUGAUUUUGGAUAA